UCUCUCUUACUCUCUAUAUUCUCUCUCUUACUCACUAUUCCUUCGUCACCACGCAUCCAACGUCCUUGAGCAUUGCGAAUUAGUCCAGCACACGCACUGUCCAGUACGCCGACAGACAUCCCCAACACUUGUCUCCGUUGCAAUGGACGACAGCUUGUCCUACCCACCCAUCGACCCCACCAAUUUCGACCUCAUCAUCGUCGGCACCGGCCUCCCGGAAUCCGUCCUCGCCGCCGCCUCCUCCGCUGCCGGAAAAACAGUCCUCCACCUCGACCCCAACUCCUUCUACGGCUCCCACUUCUCCUCUCUCCCUCUCUCCGACCUCACCUCCUUCCUCCAUUCCCAAUCCUCCUCCCACCCUCUCUCUCUCUCUCCAUUCCUCACAUCUCUCUUCCUCUUCACCGUCUCUGGUCUCUCUCUCUUCUUCACCAUCUCUCACAUCGCCAUCGAUCUUUCCUCUAGCCCCAUGUACUCCGACCUCGACAUCUCCUCCCACUCCCCCGAACCCCUCCAACAUUCCAGAACAUUUAACCUCGAUUUGGCCGGCCCUAGGGUUUUCUUCUGCGCCGACUCGGCCGUUGAUCUCAUGCUCAAAUCGGGAGCGAGUCACUACAUGGAGUUCAAGAGUGUUGAUGCCAACUUUGUGUGCGAUGGCGAUGGGAAGUUGUCGAGUGUGCCCGAUUCGCGAUCGGCAAUAUUUUCGGAUACGACUUUAGGGCUAGCUGUGAAGACGAGGUUGGGGAUUUUUUUUAAGCUUGUUGAUGGGCAUUUGAAAGCUGCUGUUGUUGGUUCUGAUGGUGGUGAUGAGAGCUGUGAUGAGAGUGGUAGGAUUUCUGAUGAGGAUUUGGAGAGUCCGUUCGUUGAUUUUUUGAACAAAUUGCGAUUGCCGCCAAAGAUUAAAUCGACUAUUCUGUAUGCAAUAGCAAUGGCUGAUUAUGAUCAAGACAACAUGGAAGUUUGUAAAGAUUUUCUGAAGACGAAAGAUGGAAUAAAUCGUUUAGCACUUUACCACUCAUCAGUGGGCAGGUUUUCUAAUGCACUUGGGGCUUUGAUUUACCCUAUUUAUGGUCAAGGGGAAUUGCCUCAGGCCUUUUGCCGCCGUGCUGCAGUAAAAGGUUGUCUAUAUGUUCUUCGAAUGCCAGUAAAUGCUCUACUAAUGGACAAGGAUAGUGGGAGUUACAAAGGUGUUAAGGUGGCUUCUGGUCAGGAAUUAUUCAGCCAUCAGAUAAUCCUGGGUCCAUCAUUUAUUGUUCCAUCACCAUUACUUAAAUCUUCCCCAGAUAUCCUGCAAGCUAAAUUAAAAGAUUUUGGCCUACAAGAUUUUAGGGGUAAGGUGGCUAGGGGAAUAUGCAUAACAAAGAGUUCCUUAAAGCCAGAUGCUUCAACUUUUCUGGCGGUAUAUCCUCCUAAAUCUCUGUACCCUGAGCAGGUUGCGUCAAUCAGAGUUCUCCAGAUAGGUAGCAGUUUAGCUGUUUGUCCUUCUGGCAUGUAUGUUUUGUAUCUUUCAACUUUGUGUGAUGAUGCCAUUCAAGGAAAAAAAUCACUGCAUGCUGCUGUAAAUGCUAUUUUUUCAGUUCCUAUUUCUGGAACACCUGAAAAUAGCAACACAGAUGAAAGUGAGAAUGCAGAAGUGAAGCCCACUUUACUUUGGAGUGCUCUAUAUAUACAGGAAAUGGCUACGUGUUCAUUUGAUUCCAUUUUCUCAACCCCUAUGCCAGAUGGGAAUCUAAACUACAAUGAUCUUCUAGAUGCAACUAAGAAG